CCGGUUGAGGUCUCAGUUGUGUUGUGGAUCCAGGUGUGUGAGGAGGGAACAUGUGGGGCCAUACGCAGGUGUCUCUGGUGUUGGUGGCUCUUGUUGUGUUGGCCACAGUGGCCAGUACACGGGGUCAUGGAAACUUCACAGGCCAUCAAUUAGUUACCACAAAGAAACCGAUAAACAUACUGGACCUGCCGGCAGGGUCUUCCUGCACAGCUCACACAGGCGGCCCCGGAACCUGUCUUAAUAUCCGCAAGUGUCCAUUUGUUGGUCAGACGUACCGCCUCAACAUGCCAGUCAUAUGUGGGUACAGCGGCGUCUUCCCCAUUGUCUGUUGCCCUUCAACUGGAGCGGCCAUCUGGGACAUCUCUCCACCUGCCGUCAACUUCCAAUGUGGAACAAACCCUCACAGAACUUUUAGCUUGUUACUCGAGAGUCCUUAUGAGGAGUUCAUCUUGAGGCCUGACGCUACCAGCAGCAGUCACUUCUCGUCGGAUGUCUUUCCCGUACCCAUCCCGACCAUGAGGCCUGUGAGACCCACUUCUCCCUCGGGGUCUGGCAUCCCCAGUCGACCUCGCCCUGGGAUUCCCGUGGCCGCUUUUAAUGAUCCGUCGGCGCGUGUGGAACGUCCACUUUCUUCUGCAAAGCGCCAACAAGGUGGAUCGGCUGCAGAAGCACAACCUUCGGUUUCAGCAAAAGCCUUUGAUAGUGUUGUCCCUCGCGUAGUUGGCGGAGUAAUAGCAGUAAAGAACGCCUGGCCAUGGAUGGCGCUGCUCGGGGACAUCAAUGAACAGGGCACCAUCACUUGGUUCUGUGCAGGAGCGCUCAUCAACAAGCAGUGGGUCCUUACCGCUCUUCAUUGUUUCUUGUCCAGGACAGUGACAGUGGUGCGCCUGGGUGAACAUGACUACAAUGAUGAUGGAGACGGCGCCGCUCAUGAGGACUUCGGUGUGGCAGAGACCAUCUUGCAUCCUGACUACGUGCACCCCCAGGGCUACCACGACCUAGCUCUUCUCAAGCUAAACCGUAGAGUGAUAUUGAAGCCAUUCAUCAACCCGGUGUGUCUACCGUGGGGGCAGGAGAGCAUCAACGACCUGACUGGCACGAAGGCUAUUAUUGCUGGCUGGGGUGACACUGAGUUUGCUGGUGAGCCAAGCUCGGUGCUGCAGGAGGUGGAGAUAACAGUAUUCCAAUCCUCAGACUGUGACAAGAGUUACUCUACUCGAGACGAUUAUCUCAAACAGUUCCCAAGAGGCAUCGGGAAGGAGACCGUGUGUGCUGGAGACCGAGCGGGAGGAAGAGACGCCUGCCAGGGUGACUCUGGUGGCCCCUUGGUGUCGAGGAAUUCAGCUGGGCAAUACACCAUGGCAGGCGUCGUGUCUCGUGGUGCUGCCUGUGGGCACAAAGACUUCCCCGGCCUGUGCGCCAACAUCCGUGAGGAGCAGUACCUCGCCUGGGUCAAGAAGAUGGCUUUCUAAGAAGAACUUCCUCUGUCACAAGACUUUCUGAACACAUCUGGAAUCCAUUGAUCAACAUAUAGUUCCAAAGAAUUUCACCACUUGAAUUGUUAAAUGUUAUUUGAGUAGGAACAGGUGGGACCCAAAAGAUAAAUAUUCUGUAAGAUAAUUAUAAGAUAGUUGACACAUUAGGUCACUACACAAACUAGUGUGGCCAUUAUUAUAUGACUCUGUUAUUAAAGGUUUAUGCGUCACAAGUAUUGUUGACGUCCACAAGGUUAAUAGAACAUAACUAAUGGGUGAAGUGUCUCACUGUCCAGAGAACAUCAUUCACCACGCCCAGUUAUGAAGAAGUUAUGUGUUGACCCUGAACUUGUUAUAAUAUGAAGAACAAACAAGUUCAUUAUCAAGUUAUGAAAUUUUCGUUGUGAAAUUUUACUGAAAACUGAAAUAAAUCAUUGUUAGGCUAAUAAAUUAUUCCACAAUAUAUUUCUUAUAUGAAUUAUUGUUAUAUUGUUAAUUGAUAAUAAUUAUUGGUCAUCAGACAAAA